ACUCGUCCGCAAUAACUCCUUCUCCCCCCUCCACAUUCUCUUCCUCCUGCGGGUUCCCCUUUCUUUUCCUCUUCUUCUUCUUCCUCCUCCCCUCUCCUUCCAUGGCUGUUUAGCUUCUCAAGAUAUCCAUCUCGCCACCUCCUGCUAGCUACCCCUUCUGAGCCUUGCAAGUUGCUGCACGCGGUAAAACACCAUCUUGAGAGCUGCAACUUGCAGGUAGACAUAGAGAGAGAGAGAUCAGAGUUCUAUUUUUGCGAAGGCGCACAUAUAGUUCUUCUGCUAGAUCUUACUGCCAGUCUCACAGCAAAGGUUCUUUGGGCUAUCUUGUCGCUGGAUCUGUUGCUGCUUGUGCUGUUACUUGGCAGGCAAGGUAUCUCUAUAUAGGAUUAGCACCUGCUCUUUUGGCUGUAGAGACUAGAGAUACCCUUAUGUGUAUGUGAAGAAAUGGAAGGAUGUGAGGAGGCAAGAAUUAGGGUUUGAGAGGUGCUGAGAAUAUAAUGAUGAUCCCGGCGAGGCACAUGCCGUCGAUGAUAGUCCGGAACAACGCGGCGGCGUACGGGUCCUCGUCGGCACUGUCACUCGGGCAGCCAAACAUGCUGGAUAAUCAGCAGCUCCAGCAGGCGCUGCAGCAGCAGCAUCUGCUGGACCAGAUCCCGGCGACGACGGCGGAGAGCGGCGACAACAUGAUGCGCGGCCGCGCGUCGGACGACCCGCUCGGGGACGAGUUCGAGAGCAAGUCCGGCAGCGAGAACGUGGACGGCGUUUCCGUGGACGAUCAGGACCCCAACCAGCGGCCAAGCAAGAAGAAGCGCUACACCCGCCACACCCAGCACCAGAUCCAGGAGAUGGAAGCUUUCUUCAAGGAAUGCCCGCACCCGGACGACAAGCAGCGCAAGGAGCUGAGCCGGGAACUCGGGCUGGAGCCGCUUCAGGUCAAGUUCUGGUUCCAGAACAAGCGCACGCAAAUGAAGAACCAGCAUGAGAGGCAGGAGAACUCGCAGCUGCGCGCGGAGAACGAGAAGCUCCGGGCCGAGAACAUGAGGUACAAGGAAGCCCUGAGCAGCGCCUCCUGCCCCAACUGCGGCGGCCCGGCCGCGCUCGGCGAGAUGUCCUUCGACGAGCACCACCUCCGCAUCGAGAACGCGCGCCUCCGUGAGGAGAUCGACAGGGUCUCGGCGAUCGCGGCCAAGUACGUGGGCAAGCCCAUGGUGUCGUUCCCGGUGCUGUCCAGCCCGCUGGCCGCUGCGCGCGCGGGGGCGUCGCCGCUGGACAUCGGCGUGGGCACCGUCUACGGCGCUGAUGCCGACAUCUUCGGCGUGGUUGCUGCUGCCGGCGCGGGGGAGCUGCUGAGGGGCGCCGUGCAGCCGGACGCCGGCAAGCCCACGAUCGUGGAGCUGGCCGUCGCGGCCAUGGAGGAGCUGGUCCGGAUGGCGCAGCUGGACGAGCCGCUCUGGAACGCGCCGGGGCUCGACGGUCCGGCAGAGACGCUGAACGAGGAGGAGUACGCGCGGAUGUUUCCCCGGGGGCUCAGACCCAAGCAGUACGGGCUCAAGUCGGAGGCGUCCCGCGACAGCGCCGUCGUCAUCAUGACACAUGCCAACCUCGUCGAGAUCCUCAUGGACGUGAAUCAGUACACGACGGUGUUCUCGAGCAUCGUGUCGAGAGCGGCGACGCUGGAGGUGCUGUCCACCGGCGUGGCGGGGAACUACAACGGUGCAUUGCAAGUGAUGUCAGUGGAGUUUCAGGUGCCGUCGCCGCUCGUGCCGACCAGGGAGAGCUACUUCGUGAGGUACUGCAAGCAGAAUUCUGAUGGGACAUGGGCCGUCGUCGACGUCUCGCUGGACAGCCUGCGCCCUAGCUCAGUCCUCAAGUGCCGCCGCCGGCCGUCGGGCUGCCUGAUCCAAGAAAUGCCCAAUGGCUACUCAAAGGUGACUUGGGUGGAGCACGUCGAGGUGGACGACAGGUCGGUGCACAACAUUUACAAGAUGCUGGUGAACUCGGGCCUCGCCUUCGGCGCGAGGCGGUGGGUCGGCACACUGGACCGGCAGUGCGAACGCCUCGCCAGCGUCAUGGCCAGCAACAUUCCGACCAGUGACAUCGGCGUGAUCACGAGCACUGAGGGGAGGAAGAGCAUGCUGAGGCUGGCGGAGAGGAUGGUGAUGAGCUUCUGCGGUGGCGUGACGGCCUCCGCCGCGCACCAGUGGACGACGCUGUCCGGCAGCGGCGCGGAGGAUGUCCGCGUCAUGACCAGGAAGAGCGUCGACGACCCGGGCAGGCCGCCGGGCAUCGUCCUCAACGCCGCCACCUCAUUCUGGAUCCCCUUCUCGCCCAAGCGCGUCUUCGACUUCCUCCGCGACGAAAGCUCUCGCAGCGAGUGGGACAUCCUCUCCAAUGGCGGCGUCGUUCAAGAAAUGGCUCACAUCGCCAAUGGCCGCGAUCACGGCAACUGCGUCUCGCUUCUUCGUGUCAAUAGCACGAACUCAAACCAAAGCAACAUGCUGAUCCUGCAAGAGAGCUGCACCGACGCGUCGGGCUCCUACGUCAUCUAUGCGCCGGUGGACGUCGUGGCCAUGAACGUCGUCCUCAACGGCGGAGACCCCGACUACGUGGCGCUCCUGCCGUCGGGCUUCGCCAUCCUGCCAGACGGCCCAGCCGGGGGUGGCAUCGCUGACGGCGGCGUCGGCAUGGGCGGGUCGCUCCUGACGGUGGCGUUCCAGAUACUGGUGGACUCCGUCCCCACCGCUAAGCUCUCGCUGGGGUCGGUGGCGACGGUGAACAGCCUCAUAGCGUGCACCGUGGAGCGCAUCAAGGCCGCGGUCUCCGGCGAGAGCAAUCCUCAGUAGCUUCGUUGAAUCAAGCAAGGUUCUUAUGCUUGCAUUGAGGAGCAGCAAAUUUUAGAGCUUUCAUCAGUGGGAAGUCAAGAACGCACCUCAGACUCUCCUUGCCAUGUGGUGCUCAUAGUUUGGUUAUUUUUCGCCUCUUUUCCGCAAAAUUCUGGAAAUUGCAAGAAGUGAUUCAGUUCUUGCAAAAUGUCGAAGAAAAUGCGUCACCACUACGCAAGGGCGGUUGGUUCGGGUAUUGACUUCCUCUUCGUGUUGGCCUCUCGGAUGCUGCUACCUGUGAAUUUAGGGUUCUUGUCUUGUGAAGUACAAAACCGUAAUUUAGUCAGUAAUUUGUGAUGUUGCUCUUGUUCAGACUUUCCAGUACCAUGGUAGAUGUUUCAGAAUAGAGAUUUGUGUCCCUUUGGGUUUAUACUUUUGUAGUGCUUCUGGUGUCCGGCCACCAAUUCAAUCCCAAAUAUGCCGCGUGUGAUGUGCUUGCAUGGUCACAUUUCUUUGUUGCU